AUGGCGGUUGUUCUUGAUGCUUUGGCAGCCCGUGUGAUAGAAACGAUCAUGAACAUCGGAGAAGAGAAGAUCCGCAUGCUGCUAGGCGUCUCCCAGGAGAUCAACAAGCUGCGAGGCAACGUGGAGCCCCUCCAAAACCUCCUCACCGAUGCCGAGAGGAAGCGCAUCACUGACAAGAACGUGCAGGCAUGGGUGACCAAGCUCAAGAGCGCCAUGUACGAGGCCGAUGACAUCCUUGAUAUCUGCCAGCUCGAGGCCAUGGAGCGAGAGGAGAAGGAGCACCCCAUUGGUGGGGGUGCCUCCCGCUGUUUAUCCCUCCGGGAGAAGCUAUCAUGUUUGGGCUGCCUUGGGGAUAUCCUCCAGCCGUUCCUGUUCUGCGUGAAGAACCCUGGAUUCGCCAAUGAGGUAGGCGGCCGCAUCAAGAAGCUAAAUGAUGAGCUGGCCACCAUCCGCAUGGGCGUCGCUGACUUCAAGUUCAUUGACCUUGGCUCCUACGAGCAAAGGAGGAGGCCGCCGGCCAGUUCGGCUUCCUACCCCAGGCGCGAGAAUGCACAGUUUGUCCAAUCAGAUCUUGUGGGGGGUCAGAUCAACAAGAAUAGAGAGGAACCGGAGCAUAGGCUCAUCGCCAACAGUCGCCACGAGCAUGGUAGCACCGUCGUCGGGGUGGUGGCCAUAGUUGGCCAGGGCGGUAUAGGGAAGAGCACCCUCGCCAAGAAGGUCUUCGCAAGUGAGGCCAUCAAGAAGGAGUUCAAAACCAAGAUCUGGCUGAGCAUCACUCAACAGUUCACCAAGGUGGACCUGCUAAGAACUGCCAUCUCCCAAGCCGGGGGGGUGCAUGGUGAUGAGAAGGACGAGACAAUCCUUGUGAACGCCCUCACCGACACCCUAUCAAAAAACAAGUUUCUGUUGGUCAUGGAUGAUGUGUGGAACCAAGAAGCAUGGGGCAAUGUGCUUCGAACCCCGGUUCUUAAAGCCAAUGCUACACAACCAGGAAGCCGAGUCUUGGUUACCUCAAGAAAGGAUGAUGUUGUUAGGAGCAUGGGAGCUUCCAUCGUGCGUGUCAACAGGCUAAACGAUGAAGAUGCUUGGUGCUUUCUAAAGAAACAGCUGCCGCAGCCACAGGUCGGUGUUGGAAGUGAUUUUGAUGAGCUGAAAGAUAUUGGGAUGAAGAUUAUACAAAAAUGUGAUGGGUUACCACUUGCUAUUAAAGUUAUGGGUGGACUCUUAAGCACAAGGGAUCCUAAGGAACGCGACUGGGAAAUUGUUUUACAUAAGAAUCUUGGUUGGAAAGAAGAAGACGGGGAACAAGAGGAACUAAACUACUCAGUAAGCUUGAGCUACGACGAUUUAUCUGUAGAGUUGAAGCAAUGCUUUCUGUACUACUCACUUUUGCCAAAGGAUUCGCGUUUUACAAGUCAGAGAAUUGCUAGCAUGUGGAUUUGUGAAGGGUUUGUUCAGCAUGAUGGGAGGUCAAAUUUAGAACAAAUCGAUCUAGAACAAAUAGGGGCUGAUUAUCAUCGGGAGUUGGUGGCUAGGAAUCUUUUGGAACUCAAUUAUUCAAAUAAUAACAUAUGGCAGUACACCUUGCAUGAUGUUGUCCGCUCAUUUGCUCAAUUUAUGGCUAAAGAAGAAGCGUUCGUGGUUCACAAGGAUCAAGUUGACAUUAGGAAUCUUCUUCCAGAAAACAAUUCUAUUUGCCGUCUCUCGAUAAAAUCUACUCAUUCAGAACUAGAGUGGACCAUCCUAGAGAAGCAAGAAAGAUUGAGGACAUUAUUAUUGAUAGGCUGUAAGAUCAAACCUGGUGUCUCAUUGGAAAAUUUUGCUAGGCUACGGGUAUUGGAUAUAAGCUCCAAGGAAUCUGAUUGGUUAGUGGACUCUGUGUGUGAGCUAAGGCACCUAAGAUAUUUGUCAUUCUCCAAUACAAAUAUAUCUAGGCUUCCCGGUGACAUCCAUAAGAUGAGGUUCCUUCAACACAUUCAUCUCCAGAGCUGUACAAAGUUGGAAAAGCUCCCUGACAACAUCACAAAACUAGCGUGUUUAAGAUAUCUUAACUUACGUGGGUCCAAUGUAGAUGUUAUGCCAAGAGGGUUUGGUGGUCUAACAGAUUUGAGAUCCCUUCAUGGGUUUCCAGUGAAGAUGGAUCGGGACUGGUGCACUUUGGAAGAGUUGGAGGCUCUGUCACAUCUUAGAAAUCUUUCAGUCCAAGGUCUAGAGAAUGUGUGUGGUAGUUCAGUUGCAAAAAGGGCCAAG